AUGGCCUCUGCACAAAUCGAAGAAAUCAACGAAAACCAAAUCCCAGACGGAGCUGAAGUCCACGUCCUGUCCAAGAACGAGAAGAAGGCCAGACAGCUCAUCCUCAAGCUCGGAUUGAAGCAAGUUAACGGAAUCUCCAGAGUCACCUUCAGAAAGAAGGGCAACUUCAUCCUGGCCAUUGACAACCCAGAAGUGUACAGAUCUGUUGCUGGAUCGUACGUCGUGUUCGGUGAGGCCAAGGUCGAGGACCUGAACAAGAGAUACGCCGAGGCUGCUGCCGCCCAAGAGGCUGCUCAGCAAGCUGCUGCUGCCGUUAAGGAAGGUGAGGCUCCAAAGGACCCAGAAUCCAUCACUGCCGACUUGCAGGCCGCUUCUUUGGCUGACUCGAAGCCUACUGAGGAUGACGACGAUGAGGAGGUCGACGAGACCGGACUCGACGCCGCUGACAUUGGAAUCAUUGUCGAGCAAACCAACGUUUCUCGUGCCAAGGCUGUGAAGGCCUUGAAAGAACAUAACGGAGACAUGGUCAAUGCCAUUAUGUCUUUGACUUCUUAG